UUCCGUUGUAAGUCUGAUCAUGGAUUGCAAUCCGCUGUCGCAGCUUAGCCAGCAGCUCUUCGAGUUCUUCGCCAGGCCAUUGGAACAGGCCUCGCCCACCGAUGCACUGCCUCCGUCGCGCUUGCGGAGAUGCGGCGAGAUCCUGCGCUACAACAACGAGGAUCUGGCCGAGCAGGGCGACCUCAGCCUGGCGGCCAUCGCGCGCUACUGGCAGAACUUUGCCAGCCGCCAGGAGUGCGUCCUGCGCCGCCCCGCGGAGCUCCUGCUGCCCGGCGAAGAGGAGCGUCGCGAAUUGGUGGAGCAUUCCCGCGAGUGGCGCUUUCCGCUGGCGGAGAUCUGCGUGCUGCGCAAGGAGCGGUAUGCCCUGCACCUCCAGCGGCGUCCCGUCAUCGCCCAUGUGCUCCGCUCGGUGCUCAGCCAGGCUGCCGACUACGGGCGUCCCAAGAAGUCGCAGGAUUCGCCCACCAUGUGCCUGCAAUUGGGGAUUAACACCACCGCCGAGGGCUCCUCCGUGGAGCUGCGCGACUAUCGUCUGCAGCAGCUCUACAAGAUCAUGCGGCGCCUGGCGGAAUACUCACCCUGGCAGCUGGUGGAAUCCAAGGAUCGCCUGGAGGACACCUUUUGCGUGAUGGUUGAGUCGCAAAAGUGUUCCAAAGAUCACGUUUGCGUCGUCAGCGGCCCCGUUUUGGAGCCCGUGAAGAAGACGGCCACUGGAUUGUGCCUGGAUGACUAUUUGGAGCUGCGCUCCACGCACAUGCGUCUGAUGGCCAUGCACCGCAGUGGCAUCCGUCCCGCGGGCCUGGGCAGCCUGGACACGCUGAUGAAGCGGCUCGGCGAGGCGGCCGUCAUCGUGGAUCUGUUCGAGGUGCGCCACGCCACCGCCGCCAUUGUGGUGCGCAAUGGAUUGGGCAGCUCCAAGGGAGCCUCGUACAUCCUGUACAACUCCGCGCGGCUGGAGACGCUGCUGCGCACGUUUGCUGGUUUGGUGAACGCCGGCCACUACGAGCCACUGCCGCCGCUGGAAGAGAUCGAUCUCAGCAUUCUGGAGGAUGAUAUGGACUGGCAGCUCAUCUAUGGCUAUCUCCUCACCUUCCCGGAGCUCCUCGAGUCCCUGAUGGACAACCUGCAGCAGGGCCAGUGCGGCGUCCAUCUGCUGGUCCGCUACAUUGACAACCUGGCCGGCGUCUUCAGUCGCUACUAUCGCCACAAGAAGGUGCUCGUCCAGCAGCGCGUCCAGCUCAUGCCGGUCGUCUACGCCAGGAUGUACCUCAUCAUGGCCGUGCGCCAGGUGCUGAAUAUCGCGCUCUCGCUGCUCGGCAUAGAGCCCAUCGAGUUUGUAUAG